AUGAGUCGAAUACUGGAAAGACAUGUUUCGCAGCAGCGUAUAGGGUACCAUGCUAUUCCACGUUUUGUAGUGGAAAGCAUCAAGCUGCAGCCGAGAUCAUUUCCUCAUAAUCUGCCGACUGGACCACAUCGACCUCCUUCGGAAACGAGUCGCCCGCCAUCUUUAAGACUCGGUAGCAUCAGAGGAUUGAAGGACGAAAAAAAAAACAGCGAAACUUCACAGCAGCCUAGUGGUGUACCUCCGCCAAUUAAAGACCAAAUCAGGGAAAAGAAAGAAAAAGUUUAUCAAAAAGAAAUGGUAAGUUACUUUAAUCACCUUUUUUUUCCAUAACGCCCAUGUUUUGUAUUAUACACUUCGUAAAUGGUAGGCCUUUAAGAAAAUGACCACAAUUUUUUCGAAGGCCUUCUCUCAACGAAUUUUCUAAACUCACCUUCAACACAGCAACAACAUCUUUUAUUUAAACACGGUGGGUUUAAAAGCUAAUGUAGCUUAUGGGGCCGUGUAAAGAAUGUUAAUAAAAAAAAAUAAUAAAAAUUGGUAAAAUUGAAUGUAGUCAAUAAAAGGUGAAAUAUGUACAAUAAAAGAUAUGAAUAGAAUUAAUAAAAGACGAAAUCACUGUCAAUUUGGGGACGACCCAUUUGCGGUGACUCUUCAUUAAAGUUCAGGUUUCUGAGGGCGGGAGACUUUUUUGCCCUUUUGGCAUAAUCCCUGGUGCUGAUAGCGGAUGGUUCUAAAUGAUUCCAAACAAUGGAACCUCUGUAAGAAAUAGAGUUUUUCAUAUAAUGAGUUUCAAAACGUUGUACGCUAACACGAUGUUGAUGACGGAGGCCAUACUUAGACUCUUUCCUUUGGAUUAUAUGGUCCAAGCAUGAUGGAGUUAUGCGGUUGUAUAUAUUAUAAAUUAAGGUGGCUAUUUUGACCUUAUAAGUGUUGAAUAAAGAGUCCCAGUUAGCUGUUUUUCUUACAUCCUCAGAGGGCAUCAGGGGCAUGUCGCGCGGGAGGUUAUAUAUAACUCUAGCAGCCCUACAAUGUAUGAAUUCCAAAGAAUUAAAUUCAGUUUUAUUUGUACAACUCCCCCAAAUUGGUAACACAUAUGUAACCGAGGGUAAAAUGACUUUAAAAUAUAGAUCUAAAAGCGAAUUCCUGGGUAAAAAGCGGCUGCGUUUGAUUAGAUUGAGCUUGUUAACAAACUCUCUCUUGAGCUCUAAUAUGUGUUUUGUCCACGUAAGCUUGUUGUCGAUGGUUACACCUAACAGCUUAGAGCUUGAGGACCUUUUUAUGAGAUGCUGGUUAAUUUUUAAACUGCCUAAGGGACCGAUAAAAUGAUUUCGUUUAAGGAUCAUUCCCUCGCACUUUUUGGGGUGUGGUACCAGGGAGUUAUGUUUGCACAGGAGGGCGAGUUCUUCUAGAGCUUUGUUCAGCGUUGUUGUGACCUGGUCUACGGAUUCACUAACACAGUACAUGGUAGUAUCAUCAGCAUACAGGAACGUCGUUGCAGUGUUAACUGCUUUCGGUAGAUCGCUUGUGUACAAGGCUAAGGAGUAUGGGCCCGAGUACGGAGCCCUGUAGUAUACCGUGUGCAACUUUGAUCUUCUCAGAGUGUACGCCAUUAAUUACAGUAUACUGUUCCCGUUCAGAUAGAUAAUCUCUUCGCCAUGCCAGUAAGUUUCCCGUGAUUCCAAAGUUGUGCUCUAGCUUGUGAAGAAGAAUUGAGUGUGAAACGCAAUCAAAUGCCUAUGAAUAUGGCGCCCACAACUAAUUUGUUAUCGAUUGCUCGUCGCCAAGUUUCAGUCAGGUGGAUGAGUAAUAGCUUUGUUGAUCUUCCUUUUCGGCAGGCCCAUUGGUUGUCAGUGACGAGCGCUUCGUUUUCCGAGAAAGCAUGUUUCGCAAUCAUGUCCGCAACAUGAGUGUUCAAGUUAAUGUCAAUAACACGUGUAAAGCAGCCUAUUACUACAUUACAAAUGUAAGACGAAUAAGAAAGUAUUUAAGUAACCAAGCAACCCAGACACUUGUUCAUGCCCUAAUAAUUGGGCGCAUUGACUAUUGUAAUAGUAUUCUGUAUGGAUUACCAGCUAAACAAAUAGCAAAGUUACAACGGCUCCAGAAUUCCGCAGCAAGACUUAUUUUUAAGAUUCCAAGGUUUUAUCACAUCUCACCAAUUCUGUGUAUGCUUCAUUGGCUUCCAGUAGAAUUUAGGAUUCACUUCAAGAUUAUUAUAAUUACUUUUAAAGCGAUCCAUGGACAAGCUCCGGUAUAUCUACAAGAACUCAUUAGCAAAAGGGAGGAAAAGAGAUACAAUUUAAGAUCGUGUGCAAUGGGAAUCAUGCUUCAAACGCCAAGAACUUUAACUAAAAAGACAUUGGGUGACCGUGCUUUUUAAGCUGUGACACCUAAACUGUGGAAUGGGUUACCAUCACAAAUACGAAAUGAGCCCAAUUUUCAUAGUUUUAAAGGUUUACUUAAGACCCAUUUUCUUAGAUUAGCUUUUUAUUAGGGUUUUUUAGGAUUAUGUACAUGUUGUGGUUCAAUUUUAUCCUUGGUUUAAAUUUUAUUUUCCUUUGUUUCAAACUCAUUAUCAUACAUUACCAUUCCCCAUAACAAAGGAAAAUAAAAUUUAAACCAAGGAUAAAAUCGAACCACAACAUAUAUAUUAUAUUUUUAUAGAUCCAUUGUUUUAUAUAUAUACAUAUCUAGCCGGAUUUAUGAAAACCGUAACAUCGGACACCAGGAGCCCACACACCUUAAACUGACUCAACUAAAGUAAAUAUCGCCAAGAAACUCAGCUCUUACCCAUGGUUCUCUUAAGGUGACUCUCUUCUUGGUUCCUGAUUAGCAAAAGAAACAUUCAAGUCCAUCAAAAAGACACUCUGGACUUGUCCAUACACUCUAGCUGCUUAAAGGCCCUGAAUGACGGAGGACGCUUGAGACUUCAGCAAGUUCUAAGCAGAGAAUUCAAGGUUAAAUCACCCCCCCUGACUUCCUCCACACCCCCCUGCCUAGCAAGUGCUUGAGGAGAAUGCUUUCAUUGGCCAAUGGGCCUCAAACGUUACAAGAAUUUGACAUGACAAACUAAAGGCAGACAUGACCAGUGCACUGACUCUCCCAGACCAGGACUAACGGAAGGUACAACGCUUUUGCAGCACCCUCCCCCCGCUAGGGAUUGACAUGGAGGCCCCUUUCCAACCCAUGGCGAGUUAGCUCAGAGACUGAACUUGACAAUGAGACCAAGCAGGACAGCAAGCCCCCUAUGGUUUUUCUCACCGCAGACCAGCUUUCUGUGCGAAUAUUCUGGUGCAUCUUGAGGCACGUUUUCAAAAAUUCGGCUAUAUAUUAUAUAUAUAUAUAUAUAUAUAUAUAUAUAUAAUAUAUAACCGAAUAUAUAUAUAUAUCAUAUUUUUAGUUAUUUUGGAUAGCUUAUUAAUGUCGAUAAUUUACUUUCAUGUAAUGCGCAUUUGAUCAUAUUUACAUGUAUUUUGCGCAAUAGAAAUGUUAAAUUAUUAUUAUUAUUAUUAUUAUUAUUAUGAUUCUAAAAUCUUGCUGGUACACUUAGCAAGGAGAGGGGACGAUAAUUACUCAUUACCGCGGGAUCAUCUUUUUUGAAUACAGGUGUUAGUCUGGUCACUUUCCAAUUAUUGUAGACUCUACAUUCUACGGGAAGUAUAAGGCUAGACUAUACUCUAGCCUUAGAUGUUCCUCAAUACUUCAUUGUGGAUCCUCCAGCAAUCCUUACUCAGUGUUUCCUUGAACUGAAGAGGGAUUUUUUUGACCGAAAACAAGCAUCAGUCUCAAGGUCCCCUAUAUGAGAAAGGGUCUUGUAUAGAGAUAAUAGGGAGCUUAAGCAAAGGUGACAAAGGUGUUUUUCAUUUGAACGACGCACAUCAUCACUCAGAAAUGAGCUCAGUCUACCUGAAAAUGUGGGCAAAUCACGGUUGACAUGCGCCGCUCAAAAACGUCUUUGUUUUAGCUCACUAGUAAGCUCUCAUGUUAGUUGUCUUAUGAAUGCCAUCAACGGGUAAUGCACCGUAAUUGCCUCUUGAGUUUGCAAUAUUUAUAGACUAUAAAUUCUCACUCUUACUAAAACAAACUCAAAAUCAAAUUUCAUUCUGUUAAGGUCACUUGCAAAAGCAGACUUCCAUUAGAUUACAAGACCAACGUUAUACUGACAAACAAAUUCAGUAAAGAGACGAUUUUCCAAUCAAACCGUACUCCGUAAACUCCUUUAAAGGGAGUAACAGUUAUAUUUCUGUAAGUCAUCAAUGUACCAAGUCUACGACAGUACCGAGAUGAAAAGCCUUAUGAUGGUAUCUUUCAUAAAAGGGAUUGCGCCCUCUUAGGAGUAAUUUAUUUUAUUUUAUUUACCAGCAAGCUUGUGACGAGGCCGUUGUGAAAGAAGAGCUGGUUGUUUUACCUAAGCAUGAACAAAAUGCAGACCUUGACAGAUAUAGAGCAGUAAGAUAUGAACCUGAACCCGAAAUAUGGCAGACAGUUGCGUGCACCUGGGACCAGCUUCAAUCAAGACCAAACCAGUUUUACCAGUAUGAAUCAGAUAAACUGUUUCCCGCCAUUUACACCUCCACAACUCGGUAAGUUUAUUGCUUCAAAAAUGAUGACUCAACCCUGCCGUUGCCCUGGGCUCCCUGUGAAGGAAGGGUUAUGGCGGUUGGUUGGUCAAAAGAAACCUUGACGUGAUGGAGGACUGUAUAAUCUUUGUAUAAUAACUAUUCAAUUUAUUUUUUUUCCCAUAAUUUUAAACAUACCCAACCUCCCCGUUCUCCGUGACAUUACAGAGCUUUAGCAAUAACGACAGCAAUGGAAACGAGAACAGCAGAGAAAAAGAAAAGCAAAUUUACACGUCUAUAACGCUUUUUUACACAUUCCUUGCCGUCAUAGGACGACAACGACGUGAAAGCUAUUAAUUUCACAUUUCAUGGAGAACGCGAACACAAGACAUCUCUUUUCUUUUUGUAAUUUUUUUUAACUUUGAUACCUUCCCUUAGAAUUCAAAUUCACAAAAACAUUUUACAAAUUAAAUAUAUUGGUGAUGAAGUUUGAAACAGCGCGAAAUCACUUUUUAAGUGACGUUUUCGUAGCUGUCACCGUCGUUGUUGAGUGUUUAAGCUCUCUAUUCACUGUGACAGACUCCAACUUCAGGAGGAAUUUUUAGAUUAGGCGGAAUAAAUGAUCACACAAUAAAAAGACUGUUUCACUUAUCUCAAUGUAUAAAAAUAUGCAGAGCAAAAUGCAAAUAUAAAGGUUGGAAGCUGACUUUUUAUUUUUAUCUCAUUUUCUGCCACAAUUUGAGCUACUCAAAAUUUUUCACUUCAAUUCAGGAAUCUGAAUUUAUGUCUUACUAGGAACUAAACGAAAACAAACCUGAACUUUCUGAGGCUCACCCUUUUCAAUCACUAUUUGGCUUAUUUAUGUUAUCGUCCUGUGGCAGGACCAAAGACCUAGUACGCAAAAUUUACUUUGGAAUAUCAUCUAUAACUUUGGCUUUAAAAUUCAACCUGUCGACUGAAAUUUUUUCGCUAGUCGAAAGAACAUUUCUUGUACGCCGUGUACGCCAAAAAUUAGCUUUCUUGACGCACUUAAUCGCAUACGCCUGAAUUCAACAUAUAUCCAAGUAAUCUAAGGCGCCAUAAAAAAAAUCAAAACCAAACAAAAUUCACCUACGUUCGCGUUAACUUUAUUUUCCAGCCUUCGUUAGCAUCAGGAAAACCUCAAAUCGAGCUUAAGAAGGCGAACAGAUCAAUAAACCGUCGGAAAGUUUCGUUUGUAUUGUAAACUUAAUUGCUUCCCCAAAAUUACGUCACAAAGUAAAACCGGCCGGACCAAGGACCACAUACUGUACACGUGAUCCGUGAUCAAUCUGUAACGCUCUAUGUACCGUUUUCUCUGAUAGUCUUGAAGAGCCGGAGAAGACUUCAUCAGUAAAAAAGGUCGACAAGCCCAUCAGGACGCCACGAAUGGAAAUAUCAGAAACGAACAAAAUGCGUUUGUAAGUGCCCUACUGACAGUCAUCAAUAGUGACUUUAAAAUAUGACUACGAACAUGAAACUUUGGAGACUCUUAUUCAUUCCCAAGAUCGACUGUCUCAAAAACACAGAAAAAUUGCAACUAUGCUAGAGUUUGAGGCUUAGGUGCAAGAACCUUCGUUUCACUCCAUACCGUCUUCACGUUAGCCAGUAGAUAACACGAAAAAGUAGUCUCUGCUCGCGGGAUAGUGCACAUAAGCUUAAUAGAUUAGUUAAUAUAUGUAAAUGAAUUUUCACGGGUUAUAAGUUUCUGUUUUUUUACCAUCGGUAGAAUUUAUAGCACUAAUGCUAGUGGGGCCGAGCAAAUUCCUGAAACAAAUUAAUUAAAUCAAACAUAAACGGGUUAAGAAUCCCAACUGGUCGGAGGUCGAAUCAGUUGGCUAUUUACAAGCGUGGUCGAGGAUUUGAACUCGGGACUACCGAGAACAAAUCCAACUAGCGGUCAGGGCGGGACUUGAACUCAGGGCCUCCGAAUUGCAAUUACAGCGCUCUAAUCGCUCGGCCACGCUUCCUCCUUGGAAUUGGUAUCUUCUUCAAAAAAAGAUAAUGAUUCUUCUCUCGUAUUUCUGGUAAUAGACCCUUUGUAGCCAGUCAUUCACGCGGUACAAAUCCGCCACAUUGAAGAGCAAGGGACGCCAUUUAAAAUAGUAAUUUUCUUUGUUUGUCUUCUCCCAGUGAGUCUGUUGCUGUCCAGGAUGGUGUUUUUGUAGCACGUGAAGGACAAGCUACAAAGGGCCCAUUAAAAGUGAGAGCUCUGCUUUUAGGCUUGGUAAAAUUUACGGUUUGGACCGUGUAUAAAUUCUUACUUCUUAAACCUACAAUAGUAGACUAUUAAAUUCAGCAAUGUUUAGCUUCUCGAUUGGCUGAGUUGAGCGUUCAACAUAGUGAGUUAAUAAUAAUUAAUAAUUUAUUAUUUAUUAGGCGCAAAAUAGCAUUCAAAUAUAGGAUCUAAUGCGCACAAGUUACAUCGAUUUACAUCGUUCACCAAUAGUUCCAAGGAACAACAGUCAACAGUGCAGAAACGUUUUUGUUAUCGAAAUGAAAAUGCGUAGACCAUAAACUAAACUGAAUAAAUUUGACUGGAUCUGGGUAAACUGGUAGAUAAAUUAUGCUAAGAUUGGUUGUUUUAAAAAAAGUUUGGACCGCUUAGAGAAUGCAGAAGACGCGCCCGGGGGAGGAGCAGGGCUGUCAUGUACUUGAUAUGCGGGAAUGUGUUCAGUUUCAACAGGAUCACUCUCACUCUGGAACAGGGUAUUAAAGAAUAACAAUAUUUUUCUGAAACCUAUUCGUUUUUGCCCAGAAACGUCAAUUCUUCCAUUCAAGCGUAGAUCACUGAGGGAGUUUUGUCUAAAAAAACGUCACAACUUUUCCUUCCCUGGAACGAGUCGGAAGUCUCUGAGAACCAGUAGGGCUUUCCGCCGGGGUAAGAAAUUUAAAACGACUUCCAGGUGGAUGGUGGAUAAAUAAUUACACUAAAGAUGUAGAAGAAGAAAGUUGUUAUGGUUGUACUUGCUCUACAUCAGUUUUUUCUGACAAGAUUGGACGAAGGCUUGUCAAACACUUUUUGCUAAGAGCGGCUGUUUUGUAAACUGUUUUUUAUGUCCUCUGACGUAGUGAGCUCUUAUGACAAUUUCUGGUAUGUUCUUAGGUUACUUCAUAAUUACUUAUCGACUUUUAAGGUCAAGUUUACGCUAGUAAAGGGAAGGAUUCAUAGAUGUUUCAGUCGAAUCAGAGGGAUCAAUUCAGAUUUCUGGGAAACUGCCCACUUACCCCUCCCCUAACCCAACAUUUUUCCCUAAGUGGGAAGUAAGUGUUACUGUUGACUUAGGGGAGGGGUAGGUGGGCAGUUUCCCAGAAACCUAAAUUGAUCCACCAGAGUUUCGUUGGAAGAAUUGUUUACGGUAAAAAAAAACAUUGAGGAUUUAAAAGUGAUAACCCUGCAAGCAGAGGCUACAUUUUCGCGCUGUGAGCCUCUUCAUUUAAGAUUCCCGUAUCUGCAUGUAAGCCAACCUAGUGACUAGGCAUUCUCGGCUCGGUCAAUCCUGGACUCUACUGUGAGCUGUGACGUCACCAAGAGAUACUCGUCGCUCUCUCCCAAACUUCGCGCGGACAACGGAUCAAGAGAGAACGCCUAGGGACCAGGCUGAAUGUAAACGACAAAACUAGUCCGGUAACAAAACUUUCCAGAUUCAUGACGAAUUCAGAAAAAUCACCCUAUAGAGUGUUUUUUCACAUGACGUCACGGCGGCCAUAUUGGUGUCCCAAAACAAUGAAACGGCGGCCAUGUUGGUGUCCCAAACCAGUCCUGUGGGAGUUGAACUCCUUUCUUAUGCAAUCGCUUUCUUUUGUUCCAAUAAAUUUGCAUAGAUGCUGGCCAUGUGAGUGAAAACACUGUAUUGUAAACAUGUAGCCUAAAUGGUAUAACGGUGCUUUAGUCAGCGUUAUAAAUAUUCUUUUUGUCCUUCAUGAUUAGCACCAGGCCCACUCCAGGAUACGGCGGUUACAUUUCCCGAUAUCCAGUAGAGCCCAGACCUCCUCAAGGAUCUUGGGAGGAAGUUUUCGUGAACUUUUCUAAGUUAACUUACAGGUAACUAAAGGGUCAUAUUCUUUUAAUUCACUGAAUUUGGCAUUCCACAAAUUUAAAUGAAAGAAAUGUACAUAAUUGAUGUUUAUUUUAGUGCCUAGGGUAAGACAGCCGGAUCAAGCUCACGUAACUGCUUGAAAACACUACAGUUCGGUACAACCGACAAAUUGUAUCAAAGUUGCGAACAAUACUUGACUGAAGCGAUGAUUAUUUUAGUUACUCCACACGGUGCUUCCAACUUCACUUUGAGUGUGUAUGAAAUAGUUAUAGAGACAGACCACUGAAAUAAGAGCUACCGAGCAGUACUUUCCCCGUGGUACUGUUUAUUAUGCCGUAGGGUGACCAUUCAAAUGAAAGCAUUAGGAAAUUCAGGCAUUCUCUUCUAGUCGUAAGUGGCCAUAUGCUACUGAAUUAACUCGAGAUAUAAUAAAAUCAGAGUUUCUAAGGUGGUAACCACUAUUAUUCAGUCUGUAAAGAUCCGCUAUGUACGUACGAAGGUAAACGAUACAAAUUUGGUCGCGUUAAGGCCAAUUAAAAGAAAAGGCUUCGGGCGUCGCUUGAAAACUCCUUUGUUUUAGUUCCCUAUUAAUAACUACUUUAUAUUUUGCCUUUUCCUCAAUUUUUUGAAAUGGUAAGUAAACCGUCAUGAGUAAUAGAGACAUUUUGUUUAUUUCUUACUUUCUUAACUGCACUCAUUGCUUUUUUUGUUUGUUUGUUUGUUUGUUUUUUGCACACGUUAGAUCGUACCCAUCCUAUGAGUACACCAAGAAGGAAUUUCCUCACAAGGGUCCCCUGUGUAGGCUUGUCACCACUACUCACCCCUCCAACGCGUUUAACAGUUGA